UUCAGCAAAUGUUAAAUUAGUUCUUCAGAAUAAAAAUACCCACUAAAAAAAAUACGAAGCAUCCGCAGCACAAGAUGAGCACGAACGAAGAUCCUGUUAGUGACGAAAACGAAGAACAUGAAGCAGGUGCUGUGACUCAUAUUCAAGAAAUCAGCGGAGGAACAUUAAACCAUCCGAUUCUGGGUAAUCAGUAUAAGACAGUUAACAAAACGUAUUUUCACACCACUGUUCGUCGUAAAAUAGAUCACGACAGUUUCAAAGUAACUGAGACGGGAACGUUUACGUUACGACCAAUUCUAGAAGUCUCUGAAAAUGACCCCAUAAACGCAGAAUCUCGAGUCUUCCGCGGAAAGUUAAGUAGCAAAUUUGUCGCAAUUAAUGAAGUAGUUGUCAAAAUUGAUUCAAACAAUGAAAGAUCAAAACGAGAAGCGAGCCUGGUCAUGAAAAUCCCAUAUCAUAAAAACAUAGUGAAACCACUAUUUGCCGACACAUUUAGUUAUCGCGGUCAGCAAUCGAUCUACAUUGCCUUUGAGAAAUGCGACACAAAUAUGCAUGAAUAUGUUUCUUCUCAACUCCUAGCUUGUGUUCCAUACGAUCCAGAUAAAUAUUUAUCGUUUGGAUACCAAGUUACGUCUGGCGUUGAUUUUUUACACAAACAUGGCAUAGCCAGCAGAGAUUUGAAACCAUCAAAUUUGCUGCUUACUGAAAACUCAAGUGUCGUAAAAAUAUGCGAUUUCGGCAUGUCUAAGCAAGUGAUGCCUGGACAAGAAUUUGCAGCUCCUAGCAUACUUCGACCUGGUACAGAUGGAUGGCGUGCCCCUGAGGUAUUGCUACAUGAACCCCAUGAUCCGAUGAUUUCAGAUACGUAUUCUUUGGCUCUAAAUCUCUUUUAUUUGUGGAGCUACGGGAAACAUGCGUUUGGCAAUGAUCCAGAUUCGUGGAAUCAUUAUAUAAAACACGGAAUUAAUCUUGAUCUCAGUCAAAUGUUGAUUCAAAAUUCGGUUGAGGCAAACCAGCUAUUGAAAUCAAUGUUGGAACGGGAACCAAGCAAACGUCCAUCUACAAGGGAAGUUAUGGAGCAUAGUGUAUUUCACCAAAUAAGUUCAUCGAGAAACAGAGUCACAGAGUCUCAAAUAUGUGAUGUUGUAGAAAGUGCUCUCACUCUUAUAACAGAUAGUGAUGAGACAGAAUUGAGGACAUUUACUAAUGACAAGCCGGAACAAGUCACGGCACUGGGUUUCUCAAUCAAAGAGUUGGCAAAAGCAAUCAAGACUGUAUGCAACCACAACGACCUUGAAAUUGUUCCAAAAUGGAAAACAUCCCCACGAAACAAUAUAACUAAUUACCCAUUCCAAGAUAAUCUUUAUCUGAAUUCUAUCGAAGUAGAACCACAAACAUUAUCGGGAAAUAAUCAGGACGGUGAUGAAUCCAAACCUGCUGAACAAACAGUUGAAACAAAACCGAAAGUAAUAGACGCUCCUCAGACAAUUCAAAACGUUCCAACUGUAACUCAACAAAAUAAUGUAGAGGCAGAGUAUACAAGUUCAGUUUCUCUGUUAAGUAAAGAAUUUUUGGUGGCAAUCGUCGGUACAUAUGGAUAUUCGGAAUUGCGACUUGCCAGAAUGUUUCAAAAUCUUAUUUCACGCCUCUAUGACAGCAAUGCAAACUGUACACCAGAAUAUGAAGCCAAGAUACAUAUUGUGACAUACACAGGCUAUUCGUCUCCUCCUGAAUCCCAGGAUAUUUUAAAAUUGCAGAAUAUACUAUCAGAAAUGAGCAGCAGUUAUGGGGAAAUAACUGGAAUAAUUUUCGCAUACGGAGAUGGCGCAGAGAUCGUGAAAUUGGCACUCGACGAAUGCAAAAUUAAAGAAGUAACACCAAAAGAGUUACGAAUCAAAGCGUUGAACAAUUUGGCAAUUUUUAACUUACACGGAUGGCCCCCAAUCACCCAGGAUCGAGCACAGAUUGUUGAAAAUAUUCGACUGACUGAAGAUGAAACAACUGCAGCUGGAAAAAUUGAAGAGAUUUUAAGAGAAAAAGACGGAACACUGAUAAAGAGAAUUUCGUUUCAUACGAAGCAUCACGCUCGUGGCCUCAAAAACUAUCUUGAAGACGAUCGUAUCUUAAAAUACAUAUUAAAGGCUUUGAAACAAGACCAUGAAUCUGAAUGCUUACAAGAUUCAAAUAAUCUACCACUUCCUCCAACCCAAUUAGGCAGUGACGGAACCAGAAAAGAACUCACGGCCAGAGCUCUAUAUGAUUUUACGGCUGUACAUCAAGACGAUAUUACACUGGAAAAAGGUGAUAUUAUUACAAACAUUGACCCAGCAAAAACAGACGGGAGCUGGUGGCAUGGAACAUGUCUAGGACGGAUGGGUUUUUUCCCCAGUAAUUAUGUCGAACUUUUGUAACAAAUACUAAGAACGUUAUAGAAGUGGACAUUUUAUAUCCUUCACUGAUUGCUUGUAGACUCAUCCGCCCGAAGCGGUUGGCCUAGAAGACUGUAUUGUGGCGUCCCCAAUUUCCGAGUUAUAUAAGAUAGUGGUGUAUUGACAGUACAAACUUCCAGAACAACCAGUGAUUGUGAAUAACUAUCUCUGCUUAUACUGGAAUGAUACUUUUUCACUUGCGGCUUAUGAGCCAUAAACUAUAUAAACCGAGUAAAAUGUCGCAGUUCUUCUAAGAUAAACUAAUUACGACUGGGAAUAUCAUGAUAAGUGAUGCUGUUUCGAUGUAGAUCUGCGUGCAAGUUAUUUUUUGUUGUAAAUUAUUACGUGUCAGAUUUGUUACCAACUUUUGGUGGAAUUUACUCCGCGAUAUUUUCAAUCAGCAAAUAAUACCAACACAUUAUUACUUCUUCCAGAAUCAUGCUUAUUUCUUUUUCUUAAUUUUUUUGUGAGGUUUAUCCUCAUACUUACUUCUUUAUCACACUAAAUACGAACUGUUACCAUGGCAAGUACUCUUUCUGAAAUGCUUUAAUAACUGCAGAGAAUUACACUGGCGUGGAAGUCAGAUAUAUCAAACGAACCAA